AAGCACUCCAACCUUGUUAAUCUGGUCUUAUGCACAUAUGACUCUGCUGUUAGAAUUGCUCACAAGACUCACAACCAGGAAGUCCACCUCAGGAAGGAGGUCAUGGUCAUCAGUGUUGCAUGCUUCAGUGAAGACAAGCUUUAUCCUGUGUUAGCGGCUCCUACUUGCAAGACUGAAAAUGCUGCUGACAUAGAGGGAAUCUUUGCUUGCACUAUUGAGUGCUGGAGUGCAACAGGCACAGAUACAUAUGUUGGACCAGUGUGGUCAUUUGCUAUGGAUGGUGAUGCAACUUGCCAUGCUGCUGGUCACAAAAUCUUCAUCAAGAAACCCCUCUCCUUAGAUUUGCCUCUAUAUGCUGCAUUAUCAGAUAUGCCCAGCCUGAAUACUUUAACCAGUGACAAUGAGGUGACAUUGGAUUUUGACUUCAAGCACAUAUUCAAA